UGAGGUAUAGGAUAAUUAAACUUACAACAUAAGCAAACAUCUUAACCUAGUUCAACUCCAAGGAGAAUCAGAUUCCAAACUAUAGAAAAUAUAUUUAUUUGUUUUACAAUACAAUAUACAAAAUUAUAAAUACAUGUUGAUCCACGAUGACCAUGAUUGAACAUUCAUAUUCUCAAAUCUCCACACAAAGUUUUUUCCUUUUCAUUGUGCCUUUUGGCUUGUAUAUAAAAUUAAACCAAUCCUGGGUUCUGUAAAUUCCACCAACCCCAUGUCCGAAAAGUAUUGUUGUAUGAUCAUGAGAAUCAACGUUGACUGCAAUGCUUGUUGCAGAAAAUUAAGGAGAAUAAUUCUAAGGAUGAAAGCGAUAGAGACCCAUUUAAUAGAGAAGCAGCAACGCAGGGUAUGUGUAUGUGGCAGAUUUGUACCAGCAGAUAUUGCAAUAAAGAUAAAGAAGAAAAUGAAACGUAGGGUUGAGAUCCUUGAAGUUCAAGAAUUUGAAGGGGAGGAGGUUCAAAAUGAAGUACCAUACUAGACUAAACAGAGAGAACAGAGAAACUUCACAUUCUCAUGCUGGUUAUUCCUACGGCAUAUUUUGUAUGAUAUAGUCAACUUUGUUGCGGUGGUUGCUCCAAAACUAUAUGGGAAUUAUGUAAUUGCAUUAUUUGAAGGAAGAUCCGAAGAAUCUGCCCUGAAACUAAUUUACUAAACUAGUUAAAUUCAGAAUUUUAUAGAGUGUUUGCAUACAAAAUUGUUGUUGAAUUUGAAAAUGAGUGGAAGAUCGGCUAAAAGUUUUCAACUGUGAUUUUUUUGUAUAUAGACGAAAUGAUAAAGUCAUCAUAAACUCACACACGCAAGUGAGGGAGCUGAGGUUCGAAACCUAGUCAUGAC